AUGUGCAAGGCCGCGGUCAAAGAUGUCAGAAGCAUGAGUGGUUGUGUUCUUCUACUCACUACUUGGGCAUUCACGCGUAUAUCCUUGUUUGCUCCUAUUAGUACAUUGCAGGCAUCAUUUCCAUACACUCAAAGAUGGACCCAAAGACGCAUGAAUUACGACGCUAAUCCUCGUUUCCAUCUACAAGGGUAUCGAAACGCAUUGGACCACAUGCAAGAAAAAGACUUUAUAUGGAGGCCGUACAUUUAG